AUGCCGACAUCGCCGAUGCCGGACACCUCAAAAAGAUUCAAACACACAAAGAAAUGGAAGAGAAAACGGAACGACAAGAGUCAAGAACACACCCACCCAGACGUCCCCGAGUCAGGCUCUGACCCCCAUCUGCCUGCCACUGGCGCUCUCCCACUCUGGCGCUCUGGCGCUCUCCAUGCGCGCGCCCCCAGUAUGCCCCCCCGGCACCAGCCGCCGGCCGUACCCGAAACCACGGGCAGUAACCCGCGCACGACCAGGGCCUUCAUCCCGCGCAGAAGAAGAAAUCGCGGCAAGCAGAAGGACACUAGUUAUCCGUAG